UUUGGUACAUACAUAAGGGAGCUAGCUAGGAGCAGUUGAUGAUAAUUCAUGCAUCACCUUCUAUAUAAUCUCAUGAAUUAUUCUUCAUCCAAUCCAACUAAAAACAUUUGAAUUGCAAAGAAAUGGCAUCUCUCCGGUUGAUCCUGGCCCUCGUGGCCGUGGCCGUGGCUUCCCUCUCAGCCUCGGGGCGUGGAGGCAACACGGGCCUCAGCCCCGGGUUCUAUGACCUCUCAUGCCCACAGGCUAAUGGGAUCAUAAUGUCAGUGCUGGAAAAGGCCAUCGCCAACGAUUCAAGAGCUGCAGCUUCCUUGCUCAGGCUCCACUUCCAUGACUGCUUUGUGCAGGGGUGCGAUGCAUCGGUGUUGCUGGAUGGUGGCGCGAGUGAGAAGAACUCGGGACCAAACAAGAACUCACUGAGGGGAUUCCAAGUGAUUGAUGAGAUGAAAGCUAAGUUGGAGCAUGUCUGCCCUCACACAGUCUCAUGUGCAGACAUUCUUGCUCUUGCUGCAAGGGAUUCUGUUAUCCUAAGCGGCGGACCUCAUUGGGAAGUGGCGUUGGGGCGGAGGGAUUCAAGAACGGCAAACCUCACCAAAGCCAACUCCGACAUUCCCGCCCCCAACUCCACCGUCCAAGCACUCGUAGCAAAGUUUAAGCGUCAGGGCCUCCACGAGCAAGAUCUCGUUGCUCUUUCCGGAGGGCACACGAUAGGCGUGGCGAGAUGCGCGACGUUCAAGCAGAGGCUGUACAACAAAGCGGAUGUGACGCUGGAGAGGAGCUACUACAACGGCCUCAAGACGGUCUGCCCUAAAGUCGGAGGCGACAGUAACGUGUCGCCUCUCGACUUCUCGUCCCCACGGAGAUUCGACAACACCUACUUCAAGCUCUUGUUGGAGGGCAGAGGGCUUCUCACUUCAGAUGAAGUCUUGCUCACCGGGAACGUCAGGAAAACCGUGGAUUUGGUGAAGAGCUAUGCUGAGAAUGAGGCUCUUUUCUUCCACCAUUUUGCCAAAUCUAUGGUUAAGAUGGGAAGGAUUAGUCCUCUUCUUGGUGCACACGGCGAAAUCAGGAAUAAUUGCCGCAAAAUCAAUUCUUGAUUUUUUACGUAUGGUUUUAUGUGUUAGUUGUGUGAAGAUGUAUAAUUCAUGCAUGCAAUUGUCAACAAGUAUUGUAUUAAAUAAUCAAGUUUAUGAAAAUGUCCCUUGUAUUUAAAUAACAUUAAGUACAAGGGACAUUGCAAUAUCCCUUGUACUUCAUGUUAUUCUCAUGUCAUCAAGUAUUAAUAAACAAGUGUAAGAGUUAAAAGGUCC